CCCAGCGCGGGACCUACGGGAAACCGUGGCGCGAGGCGUCAGAAGCUGUCGGACUGUGAGCGCCUCCGAACUUUGGAGGCUUGGCUCAGGGUGGAGGUUUUUUUAGCAUGGGGACCAGGGAGGACUACGGUGUUCGGGACUGGGCUGCGGCCUCCUCGCGGCCCCGAGUGCCCUGUGAAAUCAGCUCAGGCCGUGUCCCUCUAGCCUGCACUUUCCCUCUGGUCAUGCUGCUUCCCUCCAGGGCCCGGCCUCCAAGUGAAGGGGGGCGGAGGGCGGUCACCUGCCAGAAGGUCUGGGGCGCCAAGGUGUGUCCCGGGACUCUUGGCUCCGUCCAGGUUCCAGGCCCCGCCCCCCAGCUUAUCCCUAGCCGGGGCUCCCCCCCGUGGGAACGGGGACCAGCUGGCCGGAAGCGCCAAACUGCGUCCCUGUCCGAGCCCCGGGGAUCAAUCAAGCCGAGGAGUUAAUUAUGUAAUGAGGGGGCAGGGGGUCGAGGCUAAUGAAGCCUCCCGGGGUGGGGGGGGAGGGGAAGAGGGGACCGUACCCAGGUAUCCGGCCCCCUCUCGGACCCCUUCGAGGCCCCAGGGGUCUCCACCCCAGCCCAACUCCAGGGCCCCAAAGAGGGGAGGGGCUGUGAUCCUGGGUCUGGAAGGGGCUGAGCUGUGAGCUAUAAAGGGGGAUCUCGCAGCACCGGGGGCUCUAAGCAGCGAGACCUGAGGCCAGAAGGAACUACAACAUGUACCAUCCACGAGAAUUGUACCCGUCCCUGGGGGCCGGCUACCGCCUGGGGCCCGCCCAACCUGGGGCCGACUCCAGCUUCCCACCCGCCCUAGCAGAGGGCUACCGCUACCCCGAACUGGACACCCCUAAACUGGAUUGCUUCCUCUCCGGGAUGGAGGCUGCUCCCCGCACCCUGGCCGCGCACCCACCUCUGCCCCUUCUGCCCCCUGCCAUGGACACUGAGCCGGCCCCAUCAGCUCCAGAGGCCCUCCAUUCCCUCCCGGGGGUCAGCCUGAGCCUGGAGAACCGGGAGCUGUGGAAGGAGUUCAGCUCCGUGGGAACAGAAAUGAUCAUCACCAAAGCUGGGAGGCGCAUGUUCCCUGCCUGCCGAGUGUCAGUCACUGGCCUGGACCCCGAGGCCCGCUACUUGUUUCUUCUGGAUGUGGUUCCGGUGGAUGGGGCUCGCUACCGCUGGCAGGGCCGGCGCUGGGAGCCCAGCGGCAAGGCAGAGCCCCGCCUGCCCGACCGUGUCUACAUUCACCCCGACUCUCCUGCCACUGGUGCACAUUGGAUGCGGCAGCCUGUGUCUUUCCAUCGUGUCAAGCUUACCAACAGCACGCUGGACCCCCACGGCCACGUGAGGCCCAGGCUGGGACUCCAGGAUAGGGUUGGGGGUGCUGGAAGGGAGGCCAAGGCUGAGGCACAGGGCAGGGAAUCACUCCCAUUUCCUCCCUCCCAGCUGAUCCUGCACUCCAUGCACAAGUACCAACCCCGCAUACACCUAGUUCGGGCAGCCCAGCUCUGCAGCCAGCACUGGGGGGGCAUGGCCUCCUUCCGCUUCCCCGAGACCACAUUCAUCUCCGUGACAGCCUACCAGAACCCACGGAUCACACAACUGAAGAUUGCAGCCAAUCCCUUUGCCAAAGGCUUCCGGGAGAACGGCAGAAACUGUAAGAGGGAGCGAGACGCCCGUGUGAAGAGGAAACUGCGGGGCCCAGAGUCAGCAGCCACAGAGGCCUAUGGGAGCGGAGACACGCCAGGUGGUCCCUGCGACUCCACCCUGGGUGGAGACAUUCGAGAAUCAGAUCCAGAACAGGCCCCAGCCCCCGGGGAAGCCACCGCUGCCCGGGCACCUCCAUGUGGUGGCCCCAGUGCUGAGGCCUACCUCCUGCACCCUGCAGCUUUCCAUGGGGCCCCCAGUCACCUUCCCACCAGGAGCCCCAGCUUCCCGGAGGCUCCAGACUCCGGGCGCUCAGCCCCCUACUCGGCUGCAUUUCUGGAGCUGCCGCAUGGGCCAGGGGUCUCCGGGUACCCAGCGGCUCCGCCGGCAGCACCCUUUGCCCCGCACUUUCUCCAAGGGGGCCCCUUCCCUCUACCAUACACCGCGCCUGGGGGCUAUCUGGAUGUGGGCUCCAAACCCAUGUACUGAGCCACUGCUGGGCCCCUCUGCCUCCAUCACAAACCUCCUGCUCCCUUCCCCCAGCCCUGGAGCCCCCUCACCUCCACCGACCCCAUCCCCCACACCAAAUGGCCGCCUUGGGCCUGCCCACCCACCCCCCGAACUUCACACCUUGAUUUCACUCCCACCCCUCUGGCUUCAAAGCCCAAUCAAGGCUGCUGGGAGUCCAGCUGGGGCCGGUUUCCCCUUCCCGGCUCUCACCUCCGUGUGAAUGGAAGGGGCUCUGCCUGGCCAAAUGGGGCCACAGACCAGCAUCCCCACCUACCGGGCCUCCCCGUGGGCUCUGGGGGGGCUCAAUCCCCACCCCCACACACACACUGGUGCAGGCCACACCAGUCUGUUGUUCUGGGACCAGAGUAUUUUUGUUAAUAAAACUCAAAAGCCAUCCAUGCUCAGGAAA